AAGAGGAGAAGCUUUUUUUCAGCUUUUCUCCAGCCGCUUUCUCCUUCAGCAGCGCAGAGCGCAGCGGACACAGCUAUGAGGGAGGACACAUGAGGGGGCAGAGAGAGUCAAUGUGCCCAUUUCAGGCUGUCUGGCAGAAUCACUAAGCGCGUUCCAGAGGAGGAGGAGAGCGCACCACUGCGUGCAUUACAGCUGAACAGUCCUGCUCCGGCGGCUCUGUGCUGGAGAAUGUGAGGAUGGAGAAGUGAGGCUGUGAGGAAUCAGCUGAGCGGAGUCAGAAGUUGCCUACAGCGUGUUUUUUGGGGGGUGAAAAUGGGAGAAACGCUCUCGACUCUGGCUUAAAAAGAAGUUGAUUCCUCGUCUGGAACUGGGGAACGCACAUGGACGGAGGAGAGAAAGGCUGGAGAACAGCUCUGAGAGGCUGCUCUGCUGGAGAACGCGUUCUUAAUUGUUCUUGUAGACGUUUCUAAGGUUCUUGGACGUGAAGUGGGAGCUCUGUUGGAUUGUAGGUCUGUGAACGUGGAGAUGGACCGCAGGGCUGAAGGCUGCCGUUUGAAAGCCACUCAGAAAGUGGAGAUCUAAAACUGAGCCGAAAAGGGAGAUUUACUCCGCGUCUGGAGAUCGCAGCACAUUUAAAACGCAGCGCAGAGGGAUUUUAUCAUGAUUUUGCUCAAUGUUCUGGCUGUGCUCUUCCUGCUGGAUGAUGUGGUGGGCUCCAUGGUCAGUUCCUCCAGCCUCUCUGGACUGGGCACUCAUGGCUGGAGGGCUCCGAUGGACUGCCUGCGGGCGAGCGAGAUGUGCAACCAGAAUCCUCAGUGCAGCUCACGCUUCCGCAUCAUGCGCCAGUGCCUGGUGGGUCGGGACAGGACCACCAUGCUGGCCAAUAAGGAGUGCCAGGCUGCGCUGGAGGUCCUUCAAGACAGCCCGCUGUACGACUGCCGCUGUAAGAGGGGCAUGAAGAAGGAGCUGCAGUGUCUGCAGAGCUACUGGAGCAUCCACAUGGGUCUCAAUGAAGGAGAGGAGCUUUACGAGACGUCCCCCUACGAGCCCAUGCACUUCUCUGAUGAAUUCCGGCUUGCCUCCAUUAUUUCGGCGAUGGACUCUGCCUUGUCAAAGGGGAACCUGUGCUCUGACACAGGAAAGCCCUGUAAUCCCUGCCUGGAUGCAGCCAAGGCCUGCAACCUAAACGACACAUGCAAGAGGCAGCGGUCAGCGUACAUCGCCACCUGCAACCGCGCAACACCCAUCACACACAACCAGGAGCCGUGCAACCGCAAGCGCUGCCACAAGGCCCUGCGGCAGUUCUUUGAGCGUGUGCAGACGGAGUUCAGCUACCCACUGCUCUUCUGCUCAUGCCGGGACAAAGCCUGUGCCGAGCGCCGCCGUCAGACCAUCGUCCCAGCCUGCUCUUUCGAGGAGAAGGUGAAGCCCAACUGUUUGGAGCUCAGAAGGACCUGCCGCUCUGACCCUCUCUGCAGAUCCAGAUUGGCAGAUUUCCACAUGAACUGCCAGACGACUCCACACUCAAUAACAAGCUGCCCUAACGACAACUACCACGGUUGCCUGGUGUCAUACGUCGGACUCAUUGGUUCGGAUGUGACCCCGAACUAUGUUGACGCGAACCACACCAACAUCACCAUCUCUCCGUGGUGCAGCUGCCGUGGCAGUGGUAACCAAGAGACAGAGUGUGAGGCUUUCCUGCGAGACUUCAGAGAGAACGCGUGUCUGAGAAAUGCUAUCCAGGCAUUUGGUUACGGUGCUGAUGCUGGUUUCCUCCCCAUCACUGAGUCUCAGUCUGUGGUUCCAUCAGAGCGACCCAACCUGCAGCCUGCCAUCAUCACCAAACCCGUCAUCAGCUCCAAUGACAUCAAACCUGUGGACAGCGCAUGUGUCUUCUCCACCUGUGCAAACCUAAAGGACGGUGGUCAGAAGUGUUCUCCCUCCAACAGUUUCGAAUGUGCAGAUGAGAGCAUGCUGGAUCCCAACAUGGAUGGCUCCAUUGACUCCAUGGACUCCCACCAGUCAGAGAACAACAGAGCCAGGCAGUCGUCAGCAUCUCCAGCCAGCGUCUCUGCAGUAACCGUGAUCCUGUCCAUUACGCUUGUCAGUCAGGUCCUGUAAAUACAACCUGAAGUCUACAACGCCAAGAACAAUCUGACAGAUCCAACCCCCCAACGCCCCCAAAACCUUGAUGAAAAGUGACAUUCAUCCCUCUCUCUCUUCUUUAAGUGUGUGAAUAUGUCUCACAGUCCAUCUCAAACACAUUGAAACAGCGGCCAGAAGCAACAACUGCAAAAAUGUCAUCCUACAGUACAGAAAAACAUCCAUGACUGUCAGCGCAGCAUCACAAACUCAUCAGAGGGAGCUUUGUGAAGGCCGGUACUGAUUAGCCUGACGUUUCAUGGACUAUAAUGGAGAUCACAGAGAUCCAACCAACAAACUUUCAUGUUCAUGUCAAGAAGAAAUGGCCUGUUUUUUGAAGGAUGAGACAGAUACAGAUGACCUCAGCGCUGGACUGCAUAAAAGGAUCUCCUUCUGUACAUUAGCAUUCAGCACCACACUGAAAAUAAACCUCUCUACUGCCUGCUGACAUGGCACUGCAGUAGUGUAUUUUGGCCAUUUCAUUAGCCAUUCUGAUGUAAAAGCUUUCAUUUAUGGAUAUGAUGUAAAAAAAAAAAACUAACAAAAAAACAAAACAAAAUGAUGUCCCCCUGUAUUUUUGUCAACUAUCAAAUCUUCUCUGUCGUAUCAAAACCUCAAAUUUUCAGUGCAGUUCAACAACAUUGUGUGAGCAUUUCACGACAAGUGGACCAAUAAAACUCUCUUAAAAGUAGAGGUGCCAAAAUCACUUUUAGUUCCAUAAACAACCUAUUUUUGUAAAUGAGAUGUUUCCACACUUUUUUUUUAAGUUUUUAAGGAACCUUCACAAAACAUAAAGACUCCAAACCAAUGACACUUUUAAAAAAAAAGAUGCCACAAACUGUUCUUUGGGUGACAGCAUUUGGUUACCUUUUUAAAAAGGGUUUUGAGAGAUUCGUUAUGAAGAGCAUUUUAAAGGGGUGAAGAACAUCACAUUAUGUAAAGUUUCUCUAACAAUUUUAGUGUUCUACCUAGAACUUUUACAUUAUGUGGAGGUUCUUUAAACUUUUAAUAAAACUCCACAUUUGCGCAUUUCAUUUUCAAAAAUGUUUACAUUUACUAAAAGGUUCUUUGGGAAACCAAAAGUGAUUGUUUUACACUCUUUAAAAAAAGGUGCCACAAAGGGUUCUUUGAGAGAUGCAAUUGAAAACAAUGUAAAUGUAAAAGUUCUACACCAAUUUAUGGGUCCUUCCUAGAAACUUUAUAUCAUCUGGAGGUUCCUUAAACUUUAAAAUCAUAUCUGAAAAAGCAGUUCUUCUAUAGCAUCACUUCAAAACUGUUUUUGGCAGUUUUACCUUUGGGAGUGUGUACUAAUCUAAGGGUUCGUCCUAGAACGUUUACAUCACGUGGACAACAUAGGGUUCUUUGAGCAGUGCCACUUUUGAAGCCAUAUUUGAAAAAGAGAUUUGUAAUUGUGAAAAAACCAUUUGAAGGGUUUAAAGUACCUUCAAAUAAUGGUAAAAGUCUGCUACCAAUUUAAGGGUUCUUAAAUAUAAAUAUAUAGCAUAUAAUGAGAAAGUUCACAUAUCAUCACAUAUCAAAGAACUAUUCAUUUAAAGGUACUUUAGGAAACCAAACAUGGUUCUUUUAUGGCACUGUGCAAAGAAUGUAUAUCAAUUUAAGGGUUCUUCCUACUAUUACAUUGUCUGGAAAGAUUUUUAAAAUUUUAACAUCACAUUUACAAAGAAUAAAUGGUUCUCUAAAGAACAAUCCACCCCAAAAGAACCCUUUUUUGAACCUUUCUUCUCAAGAGUGUAGAAUUGUACAUCCAAGCUAAGAACCAUUUAGGAAAGUUUCCUGUUAAUAUUACCAGGUUUUGUUACGACAGCGACAAAGCAUAAAGAGAAGAUAGAAGUCACUUCAAUGCAGAUUUUUAAAAUGAAAGUUUGGCACACGGAUCACUUUGAUUCUCACUGGUGAGGGGAAAAAAACACAAAGUUCUCAGUUGAGAUAAGUGAAAUGCUUUUACAGUGUUUUAUCAACGCAUAAAGCAAGAGUGCUAGCAGCAGGGAGACCCUGAGUGAGAACAAAAAGGGGAAAGCUGUGUCAAACCUAUCGCAGAAGAGAGCUGUCAGUGCCAAUAUCACUCCUUUAGGCUGUUAUUAUGUGUAAUUUUUUUCCUCUUUCUUUCAGUUUCCCAAGAGACUUGGGUUACGUACAUGGGAAAGUGCUCCAGGGACGAGCUGAACAAAGCGUCAUUUGCCAAAAGAGUAAAUUGUUAGUGUUUUAUAGUGUGCAAUCUAUCGUGUGGCCUUACUUUUUUGUCUUUGCUUUGUUUCUCUCUCUUAUGUAAUAGUUUCAGACCGUACCACUCGCAGCAUCGGGGCCGGGGCAGAACUGAUGGAGAUUAUUUCAGAUGGAUAGAAAGAAACAGCUCCAGUGACUGAAACAAAAAGAACAAAAAAAAAAAAAAAGAAGUUUUGGUUCUUCUGUGCUGCUUUCAAAACAUAAGGUGGGGGAUA